CUAAACUACUACGUUACUUUUGAAUAGCCACUUCACUAAUGCCAAAAGGUUUAGUAGAAUGUUCGGUUAAAAUAACUGAGAUAUGUCUAAACGCCCAGUGCGCUCACAUACAAUUUCUAAAUCAUGCAAGAUACAACCUAAUACUCAGGUUACACUUGAGCGGGUAAUAGGUUUUACGUUGAAUAAUAACUGCGCGGUUGCAUUCUCUGAUAAAACUGGUCUUGUUGCUCAUGCUGCUGGGUGUGUAACAGUUCUUCAUUCAUUUGAAAAUGAACGACAACAAUUUAUACAAAGUCAAAGUCGUAAAGCCAUUACAGCAGUGGAUUUUAGUUCAGAUGGAAAGUAUUUAGCCACAGGAGAGUCAGGUCAUCAACCAAUGGUUCGACUAUGGAAUGUAUCAGAUCAUUGUCAGUUAGCUGAACUCGGUGGUCAUCAUUUUCGUGUCGUAGCUGUACGUUUCAGCCCGAACGAUCAAUAUUUAGUUAGCGUUGGCAGUCAAGAAGAUCAUACACUGUAUGUAUGGGAUAGACAGAGUGGACAACGAGUAGCCAGCGCAAAAGUUACAAGUCGGAUCUAUGGAGUUGCUUUUAGUCCAAUGGGACAAUUUUUUGUUACAGUUGGUGUACGUUAUGUUCGUUUUUGGUAUUUAGAAAAUAAACGUAGUAAAAUUCGUGAAACUCUACCACUUCAUGGAAGAAAUGCUAUUUUAGGCGAUAUGUUCAACAGUGUAUUUACCGAUGUAUGCUGUGUCAAUUCGUCGUCAUCGUCGUUGUCUUCCUCGCCUACUUUGUCUUCCUCUAAUCCCGGUUCUACUCAAAUUCAUUCUGCUAAAUUGAGAUCUUCAGCAGGAGGCGAAGGAAAAGAUCGUGAAGAUGUAACAAACAAUAACAGUGGUAAAAUUGCAUCAGCAUCAUCAUCACCGUCUCCAGGUAUCGGCUCUACAACAACACCAACCACAGCAUCUACUACUUUGACAUUAGUCGUAAAUACAGCUGGUCGUUUAAUACAAUUUAAUGGUCAAAGAGAUUUAGAUAAAUGGGUUGAUUUAAAAACUUCUAGAGCGAACUGCAUUUCAACAAGUGGUUCAUGGGUAACUGUUGGUUGUACCACCGGUGUUUGUCUAUUAUUUGAAGCUGAAAGUUUACAAUUUAUAGCUAAACUUCCUUUACCUCAUUCGUUGGGUUCUAGUUUGCAUCUUUUUCCAGAUGUUAUUUCAAGUGGGCUGAGUGUAAAUGAAUCCAUUUACCCUGAUAUUAUUGCAAUGAAAUUGGAUUGCAUACGUAAUCGUAUAAUUUGUUUUUAUAAUGAUCAUAGUAUUCAUGUGUGGGAUAUACAUGACCUAACAACAAUUAAUAAAUGUCGAUCGCAUUAUUACCAUAGUCGAGGUAUUUGGUCAGUGGAUUGUUUACCGGAACAAUGGCGACAGAAUAAUAAUAACAUCGAUAACAAUAAUAAUACGAUUCCAUUAAGUCAUCUACCAUCUUGGUGGUCAAAUGAUAUGUUUGUCACAUGUUCUGAUGAUGGGACUAUUCGAUUUUGGAAUCUUCUUGCAAAUUGUCAGUCGACAACAAAUAAUGUUACUGAUAAUGGAAUUAGAUUGUCAACAAGUGUUCCAGCUAACUCAGAAUUUAUAGGAUCUACAACGUUCGAGUGUACUGAACAACUUGCUGGCAUUAUAUACACUGAUCCAAGUCACAAAUAUCUAUGUACUAAUGAUCGUUCUUCAAUUGAAAUUACCUUGUCUAAAUUAGAAGGUGGGAUAGGUCUGUUAGGUGGACCAGGUUUUGUACCUGGUACAAAUGAUUUGGGACAAAUUGAUUCGGCACUUCAAUCACCUGCAUCACCAUCACGUCCAUCAAUCAGUGAACAUUGUCAGUUGAUUUCUAGUUUAACGUCUUCACCUAAUACUGUUGGUGCUAGUAAUAUUAGUAAUACUAAUAUUAGUAGCAGUACUACUGCUACUACCAAUAUCGGACCAACUUGCGUUCGUACCAUUUGUAUAAGUCCUGAUGGUCGUCAUCUAGCAGCUGGUGAUCGUGAUGGUAGUCUACGAGUUUAUUCUUUGGAGACAUUAAAAUUAUGUUAUCAGAUACCUGCUCAUGACAAUGAAAUUCUAUCGUUGAAUUUCUUUCAAUCAUAUUCAGUACCCCAACUUUUAUUGUUAUGCUCUGCAUCACGUGAUCGUAUGAUUCACAUAUUUGAUCCAAACAAAGAAUAUUCUCGUGUACAAACAAUAUCUGAUCAUUCAGGUGCUAUAUUUUCUGCAAAAAUCAUUGAAACAGAUGAUGGUGAAAUUCGUUUAAUCUCAUGUGGUAUGGAUAAAUCAUUAUUAUUUAGAAUACUUGAACCUGAUGAAUCUGGCCAAACAGCACAUUUCGCACUUGAACACCAUCUAGUUGGACGUCAUUCUCAAUUAGAUGCUGCUAUUACACCACUGUUACCUAGUUCAAUAGAAAAUCGAAUGAAUUCCAUGAAUCGUAAACGUUAUCUAGCUGUUGCAUGUCAAGAUAGAAGGUUACGAAUUUAUAAUGUUGUCACUGCACGUCCCAUACGAUGUUAUCGUGGAAGUUAUACUGAAGAUGGUUUCCUAGUUCGUUGUUCAAUUGACCCAACUGGAUCGCUUAUUGCAACUUCAGGUUCAGAUAAACAGUUGAAUUUAUUUCAUUUACUUACGGGUGAAUCAAUUGCUACAUUAUACGGUCAUUCAGAAUUGUGUUUAGGCUUAAAAUUUCUGCCUAAUCUACGUUAUUUAAUAUCGGUUAGCGCUGAUAGUUGUAUAUUUGUUUGGCGUUUAUCAACAAAUUUAGCACAAUAUUUACAUGAACGUAUCACUGCAUCAUGUAUGUUGAAAAAUAUAUUAGGCAAUUCAAUUAGUUAUCCUCAAUUAGACGGAACUCCAUUAGAAAUAACGAAUACAAGACUAAAAACUGGUAGAGAAGAUAAUAAUGGUUCGUUAAAUAUUAAUCGUUCGGAUUACUAUCAUAUUCGUAAUGAUGAUAAUGAUAAUGUUGAUGUUAAUACAAAACGUAAUAUAACAUCUCGAAACUAUACUAGUAAACACAGCAACAGUAAAAAUAAUGGUGACGAUGUUCUAAAUGAUUGUAACAGUGUGCUAUACAACAGUGAAAUGAAUGAAUAUGAGAAUGAUGUUGACGAUGAUAAUUAUCUCGAUAACUAUGGCGAUGAUGAUGAUGACGACGUAACAUCAUUUAGUCAAACAAUGCCUCCAUCUGAAUGGAAUGAAUCACUUGCAGAAUAUGAUAAAAUUGAAAACUUGGAUAAUUAUGAUGAGAAUGCCGAUGAUGAUAUUGGUGGUGGUAAUGCUGACGAUGAUGAUAAUCAUGGUGAAGAUAGUGAAUUUGAUGCGUUUCCUUUAGAUGAUGUAUUAUCAGUUAAUGUUACAAAUCCUAUCACUAUCCAAAUGAAUCAUUUAAUGAAUAAGCAUAUUGUAACGAAACAUAAAUGUAUUGUCGCUGAGAACAAUUCAACUAAUUGGUGUAGCAAUAAUAAUAAUAAUAUUUUGAUUAAAUCUCAAGUUUCCGCUGCUACUGCUACUAAUUGUAAUAAUAGUAGUAGUACAGCUACAAAUUCUGUCAAUCAAAAUAAUAAUGACAAUAAUAAUAUUAAUAAUGACAGUAGUAGUAGUAAUCGUAGUGGAGGAAAGAAGCCGGAAUUCUAUUUUAGUGUUAGCGCACUUCCAGCUUGGGCACGCAGAAAGCUGAGUCGUCGUGAAUCAGUGACCAUUGUCCCAACCUCUUUGACACAGGUUUUGAAUAGUGAAUUUGACGUGAAUGGAUCGGAUUCAGCUAGUCAAACCUCUGUAGGAAGUGGUCCAAUAUUGCCUGUAUCGACUAGUGGUUCCUGUUCCCAUGAAACAAUACCUAACUAUAUUUAUCGGUUGUCUUCAUCAGUUACAGCAACAAACAGAAAAUCAAAAUAUACUCGUGUUCGCGGCAAAACAUCAACUGACGACAUUUCUGAAAAAGAUAUAUUGACACCAGUGUCUAGUACUGCCACUACUACUGUUGUAUCAUUAUCUGUUUCCCAAUCGACAAUCUCAACCAUUAACCAUAAUCAUACACUUUAUUCACAAAUGUCUCGAUCAGAAUACAACACUAGAGAAUAUUUUCAUUUUAAUCAGAAUGAUGAAAUUAAUUCUAACGAACAAAUAACUCAUGAAAGAAAAAACAAUUGGUUUACACGUGCUGUUUCUGCUCCGGACACACCUCGUUCUUGGAAAAAAGAUGCUUAUAGCGUAGAUAAUAAGCGAAAUAUGAUAACAACACCAGUAACAACGACUACUGCUAUAAGAACACGGAAGAUAAUUGACAGUUCUACCAAAAAACUUUAUCCUACUCAAAGGACUGUGGAAACAUCUUUCACCAAUCGAGUCGCUGCUCAAAAUAGACCUAAGGAUUUGGCCUUAGAACAAUUCACACCACCAACGCAUACCUAUGAAGUUUGUGCUAAUCGAUUAUUAAUGAAUGAGUCGACUACUGGUGGAGAUUGUCCGAACGCAUUGCCAUUAUUUAACAGACCUAAAAAUAAAUCAUCUCAAUAUCGAUCUUACUCGGCCACGCAACUAAUUCCUUCAAGAAAUAAAGUCAAACUUCAAGAACGACGUCAUGUUCGAUCUCGUGCCAGUUGGUUUCCUGUUAGUUCUCCUAAACAACAUAAUCUUCCUCCUUCUACGAUUGUUGAUGAUUCUGUCAAUCUAUAUUCAACAAAUAGUUUACAUCAUUUUCUUGAUGAUACAAAUGCAAAUCGUGCUUUGAAUUACAAUUAUGGUGAUCGUUGUCAACAGCAUAAUCAGUUGAAGGAUUUACGUGCUUCUGUGGAUAUAACUUCAAAGGCUUUAUUAAUGUCAUCAAUAUCAUCAAGAUAUCAUGAUUCAAAAAAUCGUUUGCCUGCUGUCAGAAAAUAUUCUUCACAAUACCUUACCAAUAUGCAAGAGACAAAUUGUCGAAUAAACAGUGAAUCUGUGCCCAAGAGCUCAACACAUACUCCAAACUCAACUUUGUCUCAAUUUCAAUCAGACGAUUUAAAUUCAUGUAGAUCAGCUGUCGAAUCACUUCAUGCUCUUCGUGUAGCCUUAGAUUUGGCUAUUAGUCGAUUAACUAAAUUAUCUUGUCAUAAUCAUAAAAGUGAGGAGCAUACAAAUCUAUGUCAUAUUGUUACUGAACAACUUGAAUGGAGAUUUUCACGUUUACGUGCUAUGCUCGGUCUAUCACCAGUAUGUGUUGAAGCACCAGUGGCUCGUGUAUUAAUUGCAGAUAUUGUAGAACGCUUAAUUCCAGAGUUAAAAUCAGCUUCUUCAGUGCUAGACACUACAGAUGCUUUAAACAACAGUACUAAUAAUGAUAAUGUAGAUAUUGAUAAUCCAGAUAAUCAAGUAAGCAUUAAAAAUAAAUCACAAUCCCAAAAAGCAAUGAAUUCGUCCGAUACUUCUGGAUAUAAGAUGACCGAAAUGAAUGACAAUUCAACUAUCGUCAAUCAUAAAACUGUGAACAUUCUUAAUCGCGAUGGUUAUAUCGACAAUAACAAUAAUAAUAAAGCGAGGGAUGGAAAAAUCAGGAACGUAACUCACUAUAAAGAACAUGGUGAUGACAGCAAUGGUGAUAUUCAUGAAACAUUUAUGCAAGAAAAUAAGACUCUCGAAACUACCUGAAGAAAAGUUACUAUACUUUCGGUCUUUCUAUACUUGUUUUUUGUUAAUUUUGUAUUUAUUGUUUUUAUUCGACAUUUUUUUAAUGAAAUAUAACAGCUCUAUUUAUGGUAUGUACAUACUACUUAUUUUUCAUUUUAGUAUUUAAUUCAACAAACUUUUGACCAUUUGAAUUUUUUCUAAUUAUCAAAUAUUUAACAGACGGAAACAAACACUUGGUAAUAUAAUGUAGCGGAUACUACAUAUAUGCAUUUAGCGCCUUUUUCAAAAUCUUUUUCAGCGUAAUUUGUGACGGGUGUGUAAGUUAUAGUCUUACUUAUAAUAUCGCCUUUCACUGGAUAACUGUUGAUUGGUCAUACUACUAAUACUAUUACUACUACUACUACUAAUAAUAAUAAUAAUAAUAAUAAUAAUAAUAAUAAUAAUAAUGAAAUUCACAAUCGUUUUACGUAACUAAAUAUGCGCACAAUGUUACGCUUACUAUAUUCUCAAAUUGUCGUCAAAAAAAGGCUUUUAUUUUCCUUCCUAUAAUACUCACUAUGUUUCUUAGUUGUAUUUGGAUGCAUUUUAUUGUGAAUUGAAAAAUCAAAUUAUGUACACAAUUAACAAAUCUUUAUAUUUGGAUGUUUAUGAAAUUAUAUACACCAAUAUUUUGCCAAAUUACAUCCGUUGUUUUAAUCAACUAGACAAAAUAUUGAAUAUACCCCGCCAUUAUAUAUACAUAUAUAUAUAUAUCUUAUAGUUAUAUUUUGUUUAGUUCCAAAUCAUUAUUUUGAUUUAUUAUCUCUUUUUAAAGGAUCUUCUUUACCUAAACUUUCAACUAAACUCAAUAGUGAUAUAUAUAUAUAUAUAUAUAUAUAUAUAUAUAUAUAUAUAUAUAUAUAUAUAUAGUGAUUUUCUUUUCUGCUGAACACUAUCAUUCUUUUUUUAUUACUUUGGUUUUCUAUUUAUGUCUGUGUAUAUGUGUAAGUUUACAACUUGAACUCGCAUAUUCUUAUUGAAACCUUCCACUGCUUACUCUAUCUAUUCUUCUUUGCUUUUUGAUUUAAUUGAUUAAUGAUAAUAAUAAUACUUAAACAUUUGUAUAACUAUCUAUUCAUUGAAAUGAUUGAGAAUUUUCUUUCCAUUUAUCUAAAAAAUUUGUAGAGAAAACAAUUACUAAUGUAUACGCAUAUUUCAAAAAAAUAAACAUAUUAUAAUAGGCGA